GUUGUCUCCAGGCUCACCACUUGGCACCAGCCUUGAGCUUCCUUUCUCCAGAAACAACAUCUCCAUAACCCAACACAUUGCCAUUCCUUCAGCUUGGAUGACCUCCCUACCACCACCAGCCAGUUCCCAUAUUAUGCCCGUCUAAUUCCAACCCAAUCAAUCUUCUAUCUCAACAUGUGGAUUCUGCCUCUUGUUGGCUAUCUCGGCUCCAUCGCGGGCUUCUGUUUCCUGACCCUGGCUAUUGCCUCGGGUCUAUAUUACCUGUCCGAAGUUGUCGAAGAACAUACCGUUGUUGCCAAGCGCUUUCUUACUCGACUUAUUUACACCAUCAUCGUCAUCCAGCUUCUACUAUGCCUUGUCGACCGAUUCCCCUUCUUCCUAACACUGCUCAGUGUUGGCUCCCAUGUCGUCUACUUGGGUAAUAUGCGGAGGUUCCCCUAUGUCAAAUUGACAGACCCGUUGUUCGUGUUGUCAUGCGGCCUCGUUCUCGUCAACCAUUACCUGUGGUUCAAGCACUUCUCGCGUCACCAAGAGCGCGCCUAUCAAAACAUGACUUCUUACUACGACAUGCCAUCCAAUGUUCCCACCUUCACCGAGAUCGCAUCCUACUUCGGCAUUUGUGUAUGGCUGGUUCCUUUCGCCCUCUUUGUCAGCUUGUCGGCAAGUGACAAUGUCCUGCCCACCAUGGGUAAUGACGCCUCUUCGAGCGGUGGCGCUGGCGGCGUCGGUGGUGAUGGUACAAGGGCAAGACGAGGGCAGGGCCUGAUCAAGUCCGUUGUCGACAACAUCCUGGGGGCUGUGGGAGGAGUUACGUCCACAGUGGGCUGGAAGAAGUCCGACGAUCGGCUAUAGGAGGUCUAGGGCACUGUGAGAAAGAGGAGGGCCAGUUAUUAUCAUAAAUUUCGUAUUGAUAUCGAGCAAAAACAAGCGUUGUUAUCCUGCUUCGCCUGCCCUUAUCUGCGUUAAUCGCCCAGCGAAUGAGCAGGUCUGCUAUACUGUUUGACUCUAUAAAGUCCUAGGUCAUCUCCACGCCAACCAUGCCCCAAUCUCGGGUACCGCAUUGUAUCGUGACCAAAAACGAAGCCACCCUUACAAUAGACUUACCGCCGCGAAACCUCUAGCUACUAAUACAGGUCCAUCGAUGAAGGUGUCCGACUAGAAAAGGAGAUCCACUGUCAACUCUUCCCAUGCUUGGUCGCUUCUUCUGUCCGCCUCGCUCCGCGGAUGAUGCCACUCAGUCGCCUCAUGCCUUCUCAGCUCUCGACUUUCGACCCUUCGCAGCUCCUUCAAGAUAUCUUGGACGGCAUCAAGAUUUCGAGCCGUCAGACAAUGGCAGGCCACUCCGCUUAUCGCAUGGGUGCAUCCUAGGUCCUCGUCAUCCGAAUGUACGUCGGUCGCGCCAGUCAGAUCCAAGGAAGGAACCAACAUGGCAUUCACCAUGGGCUGAAGAACCCCUAGCUCCAUUAUGCUUCCCAAGUCGCGCUCAGAUACCGUCGAAGGGAAGCUGACAUCCAAAGUCAGUCCGCUAUGCUGCGUCACGAGGUCGUUAAUGGAGAAAUCGCCUCCAGUCGAGACGCUGAUAGUUGUGACGUCGGAAACAUGCUCCCGUUGCGAUCCGCUAUAUUCGCUGUCCGAAUCGAAGUCUGAGCUCAUGCCAGCUGCAUCAGUCAUGCUUCUGUCGUCCUCAUUGUCGCUGUCGUAAACGAUGAUGACCGACGGGGAUUGGUAAUCUUGGUCAUCUGUCUCGUCCUCAGCAUGAUUGAUGUGAGGAGGAUAGAUGACAGUCAAGGUCUCAUGCCCAAAGUACCAGUCGCUAGAAGCGACAUGAAGGGUAUCAUCAUGUUGGAUGGUGUAGGUCAUUCUUUCAGGCUUUUUGGUGCCUUUGCCACGGCCCGGAAGUAGGGGUGUUGUUGAGCUCGAUUCAGAGCGGCCUUGAAUGUCUUCAGGGGUUUCAAAGUUAAAUGGAGAAACCGGCGAGGUCAACAGUCCCAUGGAACGCGGUCUGAAAGGAAGAACUACGAAAGCCAAGGGUUUCGUCCUAAUCGUCCUACCGGCAGAGGAUCCCGCCUCCGAUUCAUCGCCCGGUAUCAAGGCCCCGCUAUUCCCCUUCCCAUCCUUCAGGAUAUAUUUUCCUUGCGGAACGCCCAGGGCAAGCCUUAGGCCUUUUGCCAUCCCACCAUUAUGGCAAACUGCAUGAGUGGCGUUGUGUAGCAGACCGCGGGUAACCAUGGAGAGCCAAUCGUACCGCUCCGCUAACGAGAAAUCUGCCGUACCGUCCUGAGCACGCAAUCGUGGGAAGAAGGAUUUGGGGGGAAGUCUUGCCUAUUGGAGGGUGAGGGGCAUUGAUGAUGGGUUCGGGUCUUUUUCCGACACGUUAGAAUCGGUAUCUCGCAGCUUUAUUCAUGUCUGUCUCAGAUUUAUAGUGGUUGUAGAAGGUUUUGGCAGCAAAGGACUUCUACAAAAAUCAGGGGAACCUGGGAUAUAUAUUUGCUUUCAAAAUACGAUCGUCACUAGCGCCCUACCACAGCAUCCAAUGCUUCGAUGCUCUCCCUUCUCAGUACCUCUCAUGACAACGGCCCGUAGCCGAAGGAAACAUCACCAGGGACAACAGUAGACUUUCC